AUGGUCUUGAAGUCGAUGAUCUUGUGCAUGCCCUUCGGAAGCUCUCCUGCAUCUUUCUCGACUUUGGACCUCGUGAAGCGCGUAGUGCAAGAUUCAGCAGCACCUGCAGAGUUUCUGAUGCAAGACUAUAUGCAGCUUCGAUGUCUGGAGCCACUCUUGCAUGCGGUCAAGGCCGAUGUGGAUCAUCCUUCAGAGUCUACUGAAGCUCAUUCAGCUCGGGUGAUGAUGGAUCACUUUGAAAACGACGAGAGGGCACAGAUGGCCAAUGGAAAGAGCAGGGGAAAUUCAACGUCGCAGUCGCUUGAGGAGUGGCUCAGAAAGCUCGUCACGGCCGAAUCGCUGGAUCUGAUCUGA